CCCCAGGCAGGGCUAUGACUCUGUGCUCUGCUCCCAGACUUUGGCAGUGGCCCAGUUUAUAAUGUGCGGCAGAUCUGGCUUUAAUAGAGAUCAUGUCUCUUCUCUAUGUUACAGAGGUUUUGGAUAGAUAUUUGUAGGCUCAAGAAAGGAGGAGAUAGUGUGGUGUUUAGAAGUUUGGGUCAGAUGCUCUGGAUUCAAUGACUACGGUGGACCAAGGAGGCAAGGUCUAAGAAAUCAAAAUGUAGAGAUGGGAAGGGAAGAAAAGUCCUUAACAGACAACGCUACAAGAAGAAGGUGAAUUCUGACAGUGUGAAAUAGUAGGGAACCCUGUGCAGCAGGUCUUAAUUAUAGAGAAGUCUUAAAAAUAAUUGAAGGCUCAAGCCUGUAAGUUUAGGAACCAGCUGUAAGUUGGGAUGUCCUCACAAGCAUACUGAGGACCAGUGGCUUUGUAUGCAGCACAGGUUGGGGGAAACCAAAAAUAGCAUUGGUGGAAAAAUCUUUACCCUGCUGGGAUUUUUCUCACGAGGCACUCUUGUGGUGCUCACAUGCUCACUUUCCCACACACGGUGAUCUUCUUGUUGAAUUAAAAUGUACGAAAUCCGAGAUAUGACAGUAUUUUUGAUCUGUGACUUUAAAAGGCCAGAUUAUUGGAAGUUUUCUUCACAACAUCAAUAAUAAAUCAGACAUUGAGAAGCGAGGAAGAAGGAACCUUAGAGUCUUAAGGUUCAUAGGUAAGAGAACAGAGAAAUAAUAAUUUAAAAAAGAGUAAAGGUGGCCAAAGUAGCAAAGGAGAAAGAGAACACUUAAGUGGAUAUUGAAGGGAAAGUCAGCAGAUUGAUCUGUGGGCAAAAGAUUAAAUUAUUUUCUCUGAACUAACUGUGGUACAGACUGUCCUUUACAUCAGCCUUUAAUGUUUUUUCAAUGUUUUAUUAGGACAUGAGAAUCUCAAAUCUGUAACUCGGCAUCUGUUUGGCUUUAGGUAACCUGUGAGAGGGGAAUCCCAGAGGAUCAGAGAGCGUGUGAGAGAUCAAAAAGGUCGUGCUGAUGAACAACCAGAACCAUUCUGUCUACCUUUAACUAGAUGUCCUAUGGAUAUGCUUGCUAACUGGCCUUAUACCUUGGCAUAGAGAACCAAAGGGCGUAACUGGGUUCUGCUUUGGUGCUGGAGAAAGAGAAACUGCUGUCUCUGAGCUACUGAAGUCUGCUGUGUAUGUUGAAACUUCUAAGCCCAGUUCGUUUCCAGUUGGGCGCAGCCAGCGCUGCUAUCUCACCCUGGGCCGUGUGGGAGCUUCGCAGCAUGAUCAAAUGCACCAUCCCAGGCAGCCAUCCUCUGCUGGAAUUUGGUGACUACGGCUGCUAUUGCGGCUUGGGAGGCAGUGGGACUCCAGUGGAUGAGCUUGACAGGUGCUGUCAAGCACACGAUGAGUGCUACUCACGGGCACGUAAACUAGAACCAUGCAGAUCCCUCUUGGACAAUCCCUACACAAAGCUGUACAGCUUCAGCUGCUCCAGCGGGCAGAUCACGUGUGACAGCAAGAACCACGAGUGCGGGAUGUUCGUCUGCAACUGCGACCGCACGGCUGCCAUGUGCUUCGCCAAGGCGCCCUACAAUCCCGAGCACAAUAGGCUGGACACCAAGAAAUACUGCAACUAAUCCUCGCCGUCCUCCUCCUGCCCCUCAGGGCGGCAAAAGGCCGGCAGCGGCCUCUCACUAAUAAACGCCUCGCAA